AUGGCCGGCACAUUCUCCGUUAUCAAGACGCUGAUCGUCCCUGCCAUCAUCGCCCUCCUCGUCUUCCUCUUGCUCACGUACCUGGUCAUACCUGUCUGGCAGCAUUACAGAACUCGAUACAGCCACUACCUGCCCGUCGAAAGCUUAUCGAACCACACUUCAUCGCUGCGGGAGAGGAUACAGGGUGCCAUGGCCCGGAUGGUGGUUCCCUCGACGUGGCGACAACGGUUACAAGAGCGACUGGUGGUCGCGGACCACGAGGACAUUGAGAUCAACUCGGAAGAGGGCGAGGAGCUCGCCGAUGUUGUCACCGACAGCCUACGGCAACGAACAGACCAUCCGGAUCACACGCGAAGACUAAGUCGAGAGUAUGCCCUUCCAGUCGUGAUUGUUGAUUGUAUUCCGCGUGCCAAGACUAAUGUCUGCUGGUGCUUUAGUUUGGAACAAGGCUUCAUGGACGACAGCGACGAAGAUGACGAGCCAAGGAGGUGA